AUGAACAGCCAGAUAAAGAGAUAUGUGAGAUACUUAUCUCUUCCCUCCUCCAUCCUGGAAUAUUUCUCCUGCAUCUAUUUAACCCAGACCUUCUGGUCAUCCUCAGGGCUCUACUCUCCCCAGCCCCCAGGCUUCUUCUUUUACCAGGUCUCAAGGCUGGGGCUCCUGCUGAGGACAGAGGCCAUGCCAGUAUCCCUGCAGAUGCAGGAAGAGCAAGCCUCCUUAAAAGAACAAAGGAGAAGUGAUAACUUCCUCAAAGAAGUUGUUCAAACAUUUACAAUUCAGCAUCUAAGAGCAAGUCCUGCUCAAUGCAACAGUGCAAUGCGUCUUGUCAAUAAUCCUAACUGGACCUGGAAAAACAACCUUGACACCAGCAAGGCUUCUGGUGUCAAGGCCUCUGAUAUCUGUUGGCCCAACAGGACCUGCAGGCCUCGUGGGAAUAACUGCCACCAGAGUGCAAAUCCUAUUAACAUGACUUCCUGCUAUCACACUGGAGGGAGAUAUCCUGACUGCAGCUACAGUACCACUCCCCAGAACUGGUUCUACGUUGUUGCCUGGGACCCUCGUCAGCCAGGCUACCUUCCCAAUCGUCUGACUCCUGUAGGCUUAGACUAA